AUGGAGACGACCAGACCGUACCAGAACCUGCCGCCGUGCAGCGGCACCGUAGAAUAUCAUGACCUGGAGGCUGCAGAGGCACUGGUCAGCAUGAGCUUCUGGGGUCAAAGGUCACACAAGCCCCGCCCACUGACCCCUACCUCCGACUCCUGCGACUCCAUCCAGCUCCCCCCUGAAGGCGCCGACACUCCCAAGGACCUGAUCGCCCUCUCCUCCCUGUGCAUGACCCCUCCUCACAGUCCUAGUUUUGCUGAGACCGGUCCCAGACCCGUCUUACCACGGGUCCGGCUCCAAUCGGGUCCUCUGAUGGAGCCGUCCAUGGCGCCGCCCGGCCGAGCGAUGGCCACCAGUGUCAUCAGACACACCGCGGAUAGCUCCGCCCCCUGCCGCAGUGUUCCAAACCCCGCCUCCACACAGACGGAGUCACACACAGUCCUGCCCCCGGAGACUGUCUCCAUGGAGAUGGAGCAACCGAGUGGAGGUGGAGGAAGUGUGUGCGCUGAGGAGGAGAAAGAGGUUUCUCCUUUGUCUCCUGACAGCGCCUCUACUCCCCCGACCUCCCUGCCCUCCUCUCCGCCUGCCCCUGCGUCGUCCUCCUACUCCUCCUCUUCCUCCCCGGUGCUGUGCCAGGUGUUCCCAGUGGGCGGCAGGACAGGGAUGAUCUCCGCCUUCGUCCAGGCUCCUGUCCAGAUGUCCUCUCCGUGCGGUCCCAAGCCAAUCCUCUCUCAGACUUCCUCCUCCUCUUUCUCCCAGCAGCUUCUGGUGGGCUCCCCUGUCCCACAGGGGACAGUGAUGCUGGUGGUCCCCCAGCCACAGGUGACCCAGGCCCCCCAGGGCCCACAGACUGUUAUGACACUGGGGAACACCAAGCUCCUGCCCCUGGCCCCCGCCCCCGUUUACAUGCCGUCUGGACAGAACGCCGGCGCCUCCCAGGCCGACUUCUCCCGCAGGAGAAACUACGUCUGUAACUUCCCCGGGUGUAAGAAGACCUACUUCAAGAGCUCCCACCUCAAGGCUCACCUCCGAACCCACACAGGCGAAAAACCGUUCAGCUGCCACUGGGAGGGCUGCGACAAGAAGUUCGCCCGCUCCGACGAGCUCUCGCGCCACCGGCGGACUCACACCGGCGAGAAGAAGUUCGUGUGUAACGUGUGCGACCGCCGCUUCAUGCGCAGCGACCACCUGACUAAGCACGCCCGGCGGCACAUGACGACGAAGCGGACGUCGACGUGGCCCGCUGAAAACCGUGACCUCAACAAAGUGGCGCUUCCCAAGGGCCAGUCCAGAGGCGCCACGCUUCCCGUUGGUGUGCUUGUACCGACCUCAAACUAACUCAAGUCUGUGGCCCCCAGAAGGCCACCUCAGGACCCGGGGUAGGAAACGACUGCCAGCCGUCCAAAAGCUGUUGGGACAGUUGUACACCGGCCUCUAGCAGCCGCUCCGGCGGGUGACCAACCAUCAUCUGGAGUUUUUCCCCUUUUUUCUUUUUUUUCUAUUCAAAAA